CAUUGCCAGUCCCGAAGAAAGCAAGUUGCCUGGCGCGCGAGGGCAAGAGCUCUCGGACCGAAGAGAAAGCAGCGUGGAGGAACCCCAGCGGGCAUCCUCGGGUGUCCUAAUAUUCCCUCCCCUACCGCCACCGCUCUCACUUUUCUCUCGGGGAUCUGCAGCGGCGGCAGCGUCGCUCGGCCGGAGCAUCCGCGUACCAGCAACGCGCGCCUGGCACUGCUGUCGGAAGCAGCCUGGCUCUUCGUGGCUGGAAAGCAGCCGGAGCGGCGAGGCAAGAGAAGGAGGGGGCGCUUCGCCCGUCCAGCCGGCUCAGUCCGUGUCGGUGCCCCUCACGCUGCUCUUGUUUACCGGGCGGGAACCAUGACCUCGGUGCUGGAGAGCAGCCGAACCUCUGGAGGAGCCGGCGGUCAGCUGAAAGGCAAGUCUAAGCGGCGGCGAAGGCGGCGUUCCAAGAGGAAAGCAGAGAAUUCAGGAUGGGUUCAUACCCUGCUUCCCAGGAUCUCACACCGAUUGCAGGAACGUUGUAACACCCAGUUUGGCACAUGGCUGGAUGCCACAGAUCACCGCCUCUCCGCACAAUCAGAAACACCACAUGAAAAGGGAAGCAUUUUGUCAACUUUCAUUGCACCCCUGAAGUAUUUGAAUCCUUCAGCAGCCAACAUGGAAAAUGAGGAGAAUUUAAAUAUAAGCAGUGCUGAAGUAAAGGAGAACCGUAACAUUGGCAAUUUAGAAGAUCACUCAGUUACUUCUAAUGAAAGAUCAAGAGUAGCAGCUUCCAGGGUUAAGAGAAAAAGGCCUCUAGAAGAGGGCAACAGUGGACAUUUCUGCAAAUUUCAGCUCAUCUGCAAGAAGAUCUCAUGGACUGUAACACCAAAGAAUGCCCUGGUUCAGCUACAUGAACUUAAACCUGGUUUACAAUAUAAAAUGAUUUCCCAAACAGGCCCUGUCCAUGCCCCAGUAUUUGCAGUUGCUGUGGAGGUCAACGGACAUACAUUUGAAGGCACUGGUCCAACAAAAAAGAAAGCCAAAAUGAGAGCUGCUGAACAAGCCCUCAAGUCAUUUGUGCAGUUUCCCAAUGCAUCUCAAGCUCACUUUGCCAUGGGGAAUUGUUUCAACCCGUCUACGGACUUUACAUCAGACUUAGAAGACUUCCCAGACACUCUGUUCAAGGAGUUCGAACCGUCUGCACACAAUAAAGAAUUCUCAGUCUGUACCCCGGUUAAUAACGAAUUGCUUUCUAAGGCCUGCCGUCAAGGGAAACUGCUCUAUCACACGUUGGACUUCAUGGGCCACCCUAAACAAAACAAGCACAAGAUGGCGUCCACCGCCAAGAGUGAAAAGAACCCAGUGGUGUUGCUCAAUGAGCUGCGGUCUGGACUGAGGUACGUCUGCCUUUCGGAGACUGUGGAGAAGCAGCAUAUCAAGAGUUUUGUGAUGGCUGUGAGAGUGGAUGGGAGAACAUUUGAAGGCUCGGGACAUAGCAAGAAGCUGGCUAAAGGUCAAGCAGCACAGGCUGCGCUGCAGGCCCUCUUUAACAUUCGUCUGCCCAGUCACAUUCCCAGCAGGAGCAAAUGUAAUCAUUUGCCACAGGAAUUUGCUGAUUCCGUGUACCAAAUUAUUACAGAGAAAUUUCAGGAGGUGACUGAUAACUUUGCUGCCCUCCAUGCAUGUCACAGAUCCCUUGCAGGAAUUGUAAUGACUAGAGGUAUGGACAUUCAUCAGGCUCAGGUUAUUGUGCUCUCUUCAGGCACUAAAUGCCUAAAUGGAGAAUACCUAAAUGAUCAAGGACUCGUUGUCAAUGAUUGCCAUGCAGAAAUUGUGGCUAGGAGAGCUUUCAUUCACUUCCUCUACUCACAGUUGGAGCUGCACUUGAGCAGACAACAAGAAGACAGCGAGCGAUCAAUCUUUGUGCGGUUAAAAGAGGGAGGCUACAGGCUAAAAGAGAACAUUCUGUUCCAUUUAUACGUGAGCACAUCACCUUGUGGAGAUGCACGCCUCAAUUCCCCCUAUGAAAUCACAUCUGACUUGAAUAGCAUUAAGCACAUAGUAAGAAAAUAUCGUGGGCAUCUUCGAACGAAGAUUGAAUCUGGAGAAGGAACCAUUCCAGCUCGAUGUACCAAUGGAAUUCAGACUUGGGAUGGCGUGUUGCUGGGGGAACAGCUAAUCACAAUGUCUUGCACAGACAAAAUUGCCAGAUGGAAUGUCCUUGGGUUACAAGGCGCACUUCUUAGCUACUUCAUCGAGCCAGUAUAUUUGCAUAGCAUUAUUGUGGGAAGCCUCUCUCACACUGGUCACCUUUCACGGGUAAUAAGCCAUAGAUUAGAAGAUGUUGGUCAACUUCCAGCUUCAUACCGGUGUAAUCAGCUUCUCCUGAGUGGAGUGAGUAACGCUGAAAGGAGACGGGCUGGGAAAUCUCCUGGUUUCAGUGUGAAUUGGAUAGCAGGCACAGCAGACUUAGAGCUUAUUAAUGCCACAACAGGGAAAAAAAACUGUGGGAGUUGUUCACGACUCUGCAAGCACAUGUUUUACACUCAGUGGGCAAAGCUUUAUGGAAAGCUGAGCACACCGAUAUCAAGCCAUGGAGAAGUGCCAUCAGUGUACAGCGAGGCCAAGUUGGUGGCACAUGUCUAUCAGUCUGCCAAACAGCAGCUGUUCAGAGCAUUUCAGAAGGCAGGCUUGGGCACUUGGGUGAAAAAACCCCCAGAGCAAGAUCAAUUUCUACUCGUGGUGUGA